AUGAAAAUUACCUUAUCAGUUACUACUUCUUCAGGUGGUGAGAAAAUUAAUUUACAAAUAAUAGAACCAGUGAUGUCAAAUACGGUUAGAGUUGCAUGUGGGCAAUUAUGCUCAUCGUCUAACUUGCUGUCGAAUGCAAAUAUUGUCAAAAAGUUGAUCCGCAAGGCAGUGACGGCCAAGGCGAAGGUGUUAUUCUUACCAGAAGCAACCGAUUACAUAGCCAAAGAUGCUACCCAGUCGAUGCAAUUAGCACAGACGAGUCACGAAAGCUUCAUAUCAAUCUUACAGAAGGAAUUGAGGGACUUGUAUGCGGAUAAUGGUGCUGGUCUAUAUGUUGCGGUGGGGGUCCACGAGCCUUCAAGCAGUAUAGGGGUCAAUGCUAAGGAAAAUUUGAAGAAGGUGCUGAAUAAUCAACUUUGGAUUGAUAACAAAGGGGAAAUAUUACACAGGUACCAAAAGUUGCAUCUUUUUGAUAUCAAUAUUGAAAAUGGGCCGAUUUUGAAGGAAUCUAAUUCGGUAGAACCGGGAAACAGUGUUUUAAAGCCAUUUCCAAUCAAUAGCACAAGUUUAUCUGAGUUCAUAAUAGGGUUUGCCACAUGUUACGAUAUUAGAUUUCCCGAAUUGGGUUUACGGUUAAGGCGUUUAGGGGCAAAUAUCAUUACGUAUCCGUCAGCUUUCACUACAAAGACAGGCCAAGCCCAUUGGGAACUAUUAGGCAGGGCUAGAGCAGUAGACACCCAAUGUUACGUGGUGAUGGCUGCGCAAUGCGGUGAACACAACACGGAGGGUGAUAAAAAACGGAUCAGCUACGGUAACUCAAUUAUCAUCGAUCCUUGGGGCAAUAAAAUAAGUGAAUGCCGCAAGUACGACGAUGAAUUGAGCUUGGAUGCCGAUGGCGAUUACUACGAAAUGUGUGUGGCUGAUCUAGACAUCGAUAUCGUAAAAAAGACUAGAAGGGAUAUGCCAUUGAUGACCCAUAGAAGGCCUGAUGUAUUUGGAUAUGAGGUAUAG